AUGUCGUAUGCAGCUCAGUUUCACAAUAACGUCACUGCUGAACAGCAGUAUCAGGGUUUACUGGGAUUAGUGUUCUUUUCCACUCUGUCUACGGUGCCAUGCUGUGUGUUCCUCCUGAUUAAUGGGACCAUGUUAUUCACAUUGAGGAGUAAACCGGUAUUUCGGGAGACCUCCCGUUAUGUUUUUCUGUUUAACCUGCUGUUUGCAGACACUGUACUGCUGGCACAAAGUCAGGUAUUGUACCUACUGGCUGCUAGUAGAAUAAGGAUGACGUAUCCUGUGUGUGGUGUUCUUGCCCUGUUUGCCAAUCUCACAACUGUGAUCUCUCCUCUCACACUGGUGGUGAUGUCUCUGGAGAGAUACGUAGCUGUGUGUUACCCGCUGAGGCACGCUACCAUCAUGACCAUCAGAAACACAGGGGUGGCUAUCGUUGUAGUUUGGGCCUUCAGUUUACUAAAUGUCCUCACUCGAGUUUUCUUGCUUUUAGAAUAUCCAUUUGAAGACCUGGAGAGCCUGCAGAUGACAGACAUUUGCUCUGUCAUGGCUAUGUUGAUUGGGCCCUCAUCCGAUCAUUACGACAAAGCCUUUACUGGUUUUCUGUUUGUUUCCUCUAGUUUGUCGAUCAUUUCCUCCUAUACUGGUGUGAUGGUAGCAGCCAGAUCAGCCUCUACAGACAAAGCUUCAGCUCGUAAGGCUCUUAACACACUGCUGCUGCAUCUGGUGCAGCUGGGCCUCAGUCUCUCCUCAACCAUUUACAACCCAAUCCUUAAAGUUCUCUCGAAAAUUGUAACGAGGAUAGUAUUUGUGCGCAUCACUAAUUUUUUGUAUGUGUGUACCAUCAUCUUCCCCAGAUGUCUGAGUUCUCUCAUCUAUGGGCUCAGAGAUCAGACCAUCAGACCCGUCCUCUUGUACCAUAUGUGCUGCCGACUGAAACUCUCAGUCGUCCCAGCCAAGGCUGAGGAGUGA